GAGGGGGGAAAAAAAGAAAAAAAAAAGCUGCCCCUCACACUUGCCAGGAUUGUCAAAUAUUUCCGAAAAAUAUACCUGCUAUUUAUGGCAUGUGGCUUGUAACUUUACUCCUGCUGUACUCUCUCCAAGAAGUACACAGUGAGGAUGUGGGCUCUACCAGGCUGUACUUUGUGAACGCCUCCCUGCAGAGGGUAACCUACUCCAGCUCGGUGGGGGUGUCCCUACCCUGUCCAGCAGGGGGCACCCCCAGUGCCAUUCUACGCUGGUACCUGGCCACCGGCGACGACAUCUAUGACGUGCCACACAUCCGCCACGUGUAUGCCAAUGGCACCCUGCAACUGUACCCCUUCUCGCCCUCCGCCUACAACAGCUACAUCCACGACAACGACUACUUCUGCACUGCCGAGAACCAGGCUGGCAAAAUCCGCAGCCCCAACAUCCGCAUCAAAGCUGUUUUCAGGGAGCCCUACACCGUGCGGGUGGCGGACCAGCGCUCGAUGCGGGGCAACGUAGCUGUGUUCAAGUGCCUCAUCCCCACAGCUGUGCAGGAGUAUGUCAGCGUUGUGUCCUGGGAGAGAGACACUGUCUCCAUCGUCCCAGCUAACAGGUUCUUGCUGACCUCCUUCGGCGCUCUUUACAUCUCAGAUGUUCAAAAGGAGGAUGCCCUCUCCACAUACCGGUGCAUUACCAGGCAUAAAUACAGCGGGGAGACGCGCCAAAGCAAUGGAGCCAGGCUCUCUGUAAUGGACCCCAAUGAGUCCUCACCCACCAUCCUGGACAGUUUCCAAGGAGGGGAGGUGUAUGCAGGCCAGAGUAUCGAGCUCCCCUGCAUAGCGGGAGGUUACCCCAGCCCUACUGUGCGCUGGCUAAAAGAUGGCCGCCCACUGCCCUCAGACGCCCGCUGGACACGGCGUUUGACAGGCCUGACCAUCAGUGACCUGCGACAGGAAGACAGCGGCAACUAUGCAUGUGAAGUCACCAACAGCUUCGGCUCAAAGGAAGUGUCUGGACAGCUUCACAUAAUAGAUCCACUUCGAGUGACUUUGUCCCCCAAGAACCUGAAAACUGGCAUCAGCAGCACCCUCUUCUUCACCUGCACUGUGGAAGGUUCACCUGAGUACACCAUCAGCUGGUACCGAAACACAGAACCCAUCUUCCCCGACCAGCACAUCUCCAUCCAGGGGCAACACAAUGACACGCUGCAGAUCACUGCAGCGCAGAAGUUCCAUUCUGGGGCCUACCAAUGUUUUGCUUCUCGCAAGGGUCACACAGCUCAGGACUUUUCCAUCAUUCUGCUCGAGGAUGGUACACCUCGUAUCAUGACGUCCUUCAGCGAGCGGGUGGUGAACCCCGGCGAGCCUUUCUCCCUCGUGUGCGAGGCCAAAGGAGCCCCGCCUCCCUCCAUCACCUGGACGCUAGACGACGAGCCUGUAGUGAGAGACUCCACCUACAAGACCAGCCAGUACACCCAGUCGGACGGCCUGACCGUGUCCCACGUCAACGUCAGCAACCCGCUCAUCCGCGAUGGAGGAGUCUACCGUUGCGUCGCACGCAACUCGGCCGGCAGCGCCGAGUACCAAGCGCGCAUAAACGUAAGAGGUGCCUGUCUGCUUUUCAAUAUAAAUGCACUCUACACCUGACUCUACACAAAUACAAUAGACAUAUAUCAAUUUACAAUAUACAUGAACUUAAAUCUACAAUCUACAGUAUGUAAAUAUAGACAUCAGGCGAGUGCAAAAUUCUAAUUUGAAUUGAGAAUGUCUCCCAAUUUCAAUUUCAACUGAGGUUGCAAACAUGAAGUCAAAUUGCAAUUCCAGUUUGUAUUGAAGGAAGUAGAAUUGAAAUUCCAUGAAAUUCCAGUUGAGAAUGUUGGUGUAUUCCAGAAUCAAAAUUUACAGUAUAUUCCACACAUAACUACUUUACAUAUUUAGUCCCUCAAGGAUUUCGCAAUGUCGCAAUCGCGCCUAGCCUCGCAACUAUGUCUAAAGCCCGCAACUUCCUCGCUUAUUUUUCUCCAAUCAAAUUUGUCUCUGAGCAGUGUUCAAACGUGCACUUCAACUGCCUAAUCACAACUUAUGUUUGUUUCCUGGGUUGACAAAGCAAGAACAGCAACAUAUAACAAUAUAUCCAUUAUUUAUUGCUCAUACAUCCUAAUUGUGCUCCUCCUGCUUUGCUCAGACCUACUUCCUGUCCUUGUCUUUUGCACUGCCACUAAGUCUUCUGGGUAGUGUAGUAUAUACAUUUAUUUCCUAGUUUACAUGUAUUUAUUUAAUCUUUAUUUAACCAGUGUAAAACAAUUAAAAACAGAUUUUCCUUUGCAAUGCUGACCAAGCAAAGAGGCAACAUUUACAUGAGAGAUAUUGAAAUGUAAUGAUAAUCUUUCAAUACCUCUCUUUUACCAACAAAAAUCAGCGCUAGCGCUAUAGAUUGCUCUCAACAGUUCACAAAUUAUCUUAAUGUGCAGGGAUAAAUGUGUUGAAACAUAAAUGAAUGUUUAAGAUGGACAAACACUUUCCAAGCAUAAAACAUACACUUAAAAUGUCUGCAACUUCUCGAGGACAGAGCAGACAGUGGAAAACAAGGAAGUUGUUUCUUUCUAUAAUUGUAAUUCAUUGUUACUAUUAUUAUUUGUGAUUACCGUAAUUUCCGGGCUAUGGAGCACACUGGUAUUUACACCACAUCCACCAAAUUUUAGUAGAAGUAUUGUAAAUAUAUUUACAUAUAUUAGCCGCACCGGACCAUAAGCUGCAGAUUGAGUAUUGACCGGUACGAAAUAUUUAGUAAAUGUUUAUUUACAUACCUUAAUUGUUUCCAAACGUUGUCUGUUACACGGCAGUAAAACAGCUGAUCAAACAAAACAUAAGUCAUUGUUAUGGACCCAUCUAGCUCACUAAUCUGCCUAGCAGACUCAAAACUCCACGGUUAUGUUUUGGUGAAUGCCCGUAACUGAAACAAUACAAAAAGAAUGCCAUUUUAAGUUAAUAAUACUAACACAGACACUUGUAAACGUGUUAGCAUGCUCGCUAAUGCUAACGACGCUAGCUUGGUUACAUUAUGAUAGCGCGUACAAAUAUGCAUGAAAACACUACAGACGUCACACAUGGGACGGUUUUGUAAGUAUUAAUUGUUUUAGUUAUAUUGUAAAACUUACUUACGUUGCUUGGAGUGAUGAAUGAAGAAUUAUUUCGAGCAGAAACUUUAUGGACAAAUGUACUUCUGGCACGAGACAGGAAGUACAUUGUCAACCCGCAGCACCUGCAUUGAGCAAAUUUGUCUAAAAGAUGGCGCCCUAGAACGAACAGUAACACACCUUUUCAGUGUCUCUGUCGGCGUAAUAUGAAAACUAAGUGUUAAAUACAAAACAUUAUUACCGCACCGUUUGAUAAGCUGCAGGGUUUAAAGCGUUAGAAAAAAGUAGCGGUUAAUAGCCCGGAAAAUACGGUAAUUUAUACAGUGCAGUAAAUUGGACAAUGAGCUCUGUGUAUGUGCUUUUACUGCCAUCUAUUGUCCACAAUACUUUUAAUUGUGUGUAUGUGGUAUAACAUGAAUAAAACAUCAAUACAGUAUUUGUUUUCCAUUUGUUGAAGUCCUCUGCUUUUUGUAGUUAAGAUCAUAAAGAAGACUUAAAACAUUUAUAACAAAUUCAUAAAAUCACAAGUUGACUUAAUGUUAGUGAAAAUAUGUUUUUUUUUGCUGCAACAUACUAAAAAAGCUGCCGCAAAUUCAGGCAUUUUAGGCUGCGACAACCACAAAAAUAUAAAAAAAUUCAGAAGGGACUGCAUAUUUCACAUGGAUAAUAGUACUGUGAACAUCAUGUACACAUAACAUUUUAAUUACAACAAAUCCACAAGUAGGAAUACAAGCAUCUUAUUUUAAACCUAUAAUUAAAUAUAAUGUAUUGUGGAAAAUACUACAUUUCCCAGAAUU